AGCGAUUCGCGCUGCGUUCGGAGUGGCAAAUCGCAUUUGAAUUUGCAUUUCCUUAGCCAAACGCAUCUGGCCACGAAUUAGUCGUGGGGCAUAGCUCAGCGGGUACGCUAUGCACGAGUUGUUGCUCCAAAAGCAGACGCGUCCGAGCAGUGAGCCACAUGGCAGCAAGGAGCAGCACAACGGCGCACUAAAGCAGCACAAAUGCUCGAGUGCCACAUCGUGCAAUGGGGCAAGGACAUCAGACACGCCCACAGCGACGCCCACAACAGCCGCAUUAACAGUGCCCAGCAUACAGCUAACGCCAGCGCGGGUGCCGGCCCAGAAACCGGACAAUAAUAACAACAAGCAGAGCGACAAGGAGAACAGCAAGGAGAACAGCAAGGAGAACAACAAGGAGAACAACAAGGAGUGCAACAAGGAGAACUGUGCCAGCCGGCAGCAGGGCGCACCCAACAAUUAUGUGGCACGUCGCGCCUGGAUCUCCACGGAGCGCAUGAACGAACUGAGGCGCAAGGCCCAGGAGGCGGCCAAACAGAACAAAAUCUUUACCAUACGCGGCUGCUUCAAUUCGGUGCGUAAUGCUCUGCUCGCACGGGGUUGGGUGGAAAAGCUGGACAUGCAUCGCAAGGUUGUGCCACUGGGCCAGAUGACCUAUGAGGAUCUGACACAGCGGCUGCCCAAACGCAAGGCGGGCGAAACAAGGCGUCAGUAUGUGCUCAAGUGUGAGCGGAAUAUAAUGUCCAGAUUCUUGGAGCACAUGCCCGUUGAUUUUCUGUGGACCAAUCGUAAGGAGAAGUGCGAUUAUAUUGAUCAGGCCAAGAAUCCCGGCAUGACCAUUAAUAAAUUCCAUCGUGCGCCAUUCACCUCCAAGGAGGGUCUGUGCAGUCAACUUCGCGAUUUUCAUUGGUUCUUCGAGGAGGGCAUGGCCGAGAUGUAUUUUCCGCGCUGCUACAAUGUCUGGAGUCCCGAGGAGUUGGGUGAAUUCGUGGACAAUUUCAAGCUAACCGCCUGCGUGGCCUAUCUGCGGGCCAUGCUCUGCAGGUAUCAUAAACAUGGCGCCGAUUCAGUAUUCUCGCCCAACGGCAAGAUACCCUAUUCCUCGAUAGACUUUGCCUACAAGCGUCUGGUCGAUUACAUCGAUAGCUGUCAGCACAAUGACAUUGACUACGAGGAUCCGCCCAAAGUGUGGGAGCACGACUGGGAUGCGUUCCUCUACCAGCACCAGCAGCUGGUCAACGAGGAUGGACGCAUCCAGCACGAUGGCCAACGUACGCUCGACCACAUGGUCAAGAGCUGUGUUACGCUGGUGGAGAAAAUGAAGGUGCAUUGGCCACAGUACAGCCUGGAUGGCUAUCAGAAUUUGUGGAUUGUCAAGCCGGCAAAUAAAUGUCGUGGGCGUGGCAUAUUACUAAUGGAUAACCUCAAGAAAAUCUUGGGCGUGGUGAAUCCAUCGAUUGCCUCCAAGAGUCGCUAUGUGGUUCAAAAAUACAUAGAACGACCCUUAAUAGUCUUCCAAACCAAGUUCGAUAUACGCCAAUGGUUUCUCAUAACCAACACACAGCCUCUGGUGGUCUGGUUCUAUCGUGAGAGCUAUUUGCGCUUCAGCUCGCAGGAGUACAGCCUGAGCAACCAUCACGAAUCGGUGCAUCUGACAAACUAUGCGAUACAGAAGAAGUAUACGAAUGGCAAGCGGGACAAGAGGCUGCCCAGCGAGAAUAUGUGGGAUUGCUAUUCGUUUCAGGCCUAUCUGCGGCAAAUUGGCAAAUCGAACAUGUGGCUGGAGCGCAUAUAUCCGGGCAUGCGCAAGGCCAUAGUGGGCACCAUGCUGGCAUCUCAGGAGAAUAUGGAUCGACGGCCCAAUACCUUUGAGCUGUUUGGCGCCGAUUUCAUGAUAUGCGAGAACUUCUAUCCGUGGCUAAUCGAAAUUAAUUCAAGUCCAGAUCUGGGCGCCACGACAAGCGUAACGGCGCGCAUGUGUCCCAAAUGCCUGGAGGAUGUGGUCAAGGUCGUAAUUGAUCGCCGCUUGGAUCCCAAAUCGGAUAUGGGCAACUUUGAGCUGGCCUAUCGUCAGGUGGUGCCGCCCACGCCCGCCUACAUGGGCCUCAAUCUGUUUGUGAAGGGCAAACAGCUGCUGCACAAGCUCAACCAUGGCCAUGGCCAUUACUACUAUCAGCAGCAGCAACAGCAGCAUCACCAGCGCAAGGAGCGCAGCCUGGCCACGAGCAGUGUAUUCCGACAACGUGCCGCAAUUGUGCCACCGCCAGCCAAUAUAUCGCGCAUACAUCGUGCCAUGCCCACCUUCAAUGCCACCGAAUAUAUGGAGAAAUAUAUGGUGGAGCCAUUGAGCAGCAGUCGCAGCAGCAUAAGCAGCAAUACACAGCCAGCAACAGCUGUGCCUACGCUCAAGCCCACGUCGGUGCCUGCAGCAGGAGGAGCAGCAGCAGGAGCAGCCGCAGCAGCAACAACACCUUGUCCGUACUUGCUGAAGCAGGCGGGUCGCUCCAUAACCCAACUGUUGAGCGUUACACACAAACGCAACACCACAGGCGCUCCAGAGGCAGCUGCCACAAAUGCGCUGCCACCCAAGCGGCAGCGCAGCUGCGGUCCACGCUUUGUCCAGCAACAUGCGGAGGGCACAGAGAAAAAGUUCAAAAUACUUAUCAAAAAUUAUGCCGGCAAUGCUUCAGAUAAUCUGCUCGAGAAACAGGAGACGCCCAGUGCGCCGGCCACAGCGCCAGCUAACAGCGAGCGCAAGUGGCGCAGCCUGCGCAGCAUAACCAAUAACAGCAACAACAACAACAGCAGCAACAACAACAGCAGCAGCAGCAAUUCGACAGCCAACAGCUGCUCCAGAUCCCGUGGCACACUGUUAGAAGGCAUCAAAUGCUCACAACGUUUUGCGCGCACCAAAUCCGAAAUCGAGAGCUCGGCCAGCUUGCAUGCCAUUGGACGCACCUUUGGGCGCAGAUCGUAUGGACCCCGGCUGCCCAUUAGCAUCUCGGUGCAGGCGCUGCAUCGUGGCGAGCCCAUUGUGUCCGCCAUGAAGCAGGCCUCCAGCGAGCUGCAGCUCUCGCAGACGCCACCAAUUAGUCCACGCACCGCACAACUGGCCAGCAGCAGCAAUAAAUUGACCGUUAACACAUUGCUGACAGUGCCGCCUCCCACUUGUUGAACCACCCACAACCACCCACUGCAGCCACAGCACCCACUAAACCACCCUCCGCCAUAUGGAGGAAAAGUUUAUACGUUACAGAGAGAAUUUCAAAUAUUCAAACGGAAUAUUCGCAUUAAUACAAUCUCUUUGUUUAAGAUCGCGUAUCUUUAAAUUUAAUUUCAACUAUUUUAAAAAUCGAAUUUUAAAUUUUUCAAAUAUUUCAUUUCGAUGCAACGACCAAAACUAUUCUAAACAUAUAAGAACUUCAAACAAAAUAAUUUUCGAAUUUAAGAAAUCUCUUGGAUUUCAAAUCCGCCCAAAAAUUUACUUCCAAAUUAGACAAAUAUUUUUGAAUUCCCGAAGCUGAAGUACGAAUACAUUUCGUUUUUCCAACUAAAAAAUAUCCAGAAAUUGGGAACUAAAUAAAUUUAUCAAGUCUACUAAAAAUGCAUUUCUAAAUUUUUUAAAAACAAAAAAUUUCUCAAGCAGGGUACCUUAAAGAUUGUAAAUUCCUUCAAAUAUUAAAAGGGCUUCAUAAGUCAUGAACAAUUUUCGAUUUAGCAGCUGAAGUCAAAUUAACCUAACAAUUUUCCAACUGGCAGCAUAUAUUGGGAUUUUUUAGGAACGACUGGAAUUUUUUUUUUCAUUUUCAUUUAACAAAAAUAGUCAGUGGUUCGGUUCACGAUUCGAAUCAACUGCUUAAAUUUAGUUUCUGGUUGUUCACAUCCAUGAACCAGGCUUACAUAUUUACGUAUAAAAAUUUGUAUCCCUACCCAAAGUUUGCCUCUACCUAAUUUGUGUUAGAUAAAUAAUAUUAUUUUAAACCAAAGCAUUUUUUAGAAUUCUCUUCACCAUUUUCUUAAAAAAUAAAAUGAAUGUUUUAAGUAAUUUCGUGCUUGCGAUAAAAAAAAUUCAAUUGUAAAUUUAAA